GUGAAGAAAAAUAAAUCCACCAAAUUUGAAUCUUUCGUUUGUGUUUUCCAAAAGAAUCUGCGAACGCGGAAUCUUCCUCCGCCGCCACCGAAGUGCGAUUCGUCGGAAUGUCCAGUUCCCCCAACUCAACCGCCUCCGCGGCGGUGUCGCGUUCUCUCACCACUGUCUCGGAAACACCGGCGACACCAGCUACGGUCAGAACGCCGCCUUCUCAGCCACCGCCCGCUCCGCCGACGCUGCACAGAGCCCUAGCUCCGCCGUUUCAGCAGCACCACCAUCCACACCCGUUCCAACAAGCUCAAAACCUCUACGCGCAGCCCUUCCCCGUGAGGCAGCCGAAUUCCGUCGCCAGUUCGCCUCACCAAGAUCCGUCGGCUCUUCUCUACCCGUUUACUAAUUCGGGUCGAGGGUUUUCGACCCGACCCCGAAGACCCAGUUCCCCUUCCGUUUCCGAUCCAGCCGUGACAGCGGGUAAUCCUGGUGGAUACCUUCCUCGGCCCGUUUUCGCAUACCAUCAUCGGCAAUUCGGGUCGAAUCAUUUGGACCCGAUGAUGCAGUUCAUGAGAGCUGCUCAUCCUCAGAUGCACCAGUUCCAUCACCUCGGCUCCGGUGCUCCUGUUGGGUCGGGACCCAUAAGGGGAAUUCCUCACUUCUUGCAGCCCAGGGUUGCCCCACCUUCGUCUUCAAUUCUAGACAACACUGGCCAUAAAAAUGGAAGAAGUCGGGAUGAAGCACUAGUCCUUGUUAGAGGCAGAAAGGUAAGAAUAACGGAAGGGGAUUCUCUCUAUUCUCUUUGUCGAUCGUGGUUGAGAAACGGGGUUCAUGAGGGAAUUCAGAGGCAAAGCAACGAUACAUUGAAGUCUUUGCCAAAGCCUUUGCCUGUGCAUAUGAUGGAGUCAAGUCCACCAAAGGAUUCAACUGAAGAACUGAAUGAAGAAGACAAUGAGGACGAGGAAGCUGUGAAAAAAUUAUCGGAGAAGGACCUUUUAAAAAGGCACGUUGCCAGAGCUAAGAAAGUCCGUGCCCGAUUAAGAGAAGAACGGUUAAGGAGGAUCGCGAGGUACAAAGCAAGGUUGGCUCUUCUUCUGCCACCAGCCGGAGAGCAAUGCAGAAACGAUUAGUUGAGGUCAUGUAGUAAGAAAUUCUUGCAGCUGUUUUAGGAAAACAUGGUACAGUUAUGUCUCCUUUGCUCUU